AUGACUUCAAAUCGGACAAAAUUUUAUUUUAUAUCUCGUCGUUGUGAAAAUAAUAUAAAAAGGUGUAUAGCAUAUUGGCUGUAUACAGAAGAUUCACAACGAUCGAUUGGGCUUCUUACGUACAUAAGUGAAGAAAAAGUAUACAAACGAAUACUUGAAGAAUUAUUUACAAUUGAUCAUCGUUUUUAUGAUGAUUGCGAUGCACGAAAACUUACAAGACAAUCAAAUAAAAUAGAUUGGAAGAAUUUUGCUAUUCCCGCGAUAUUGAAAAUGCUCGAUAUUAUAUAUCAACAACGGGUCUCUGAUCUAUCUUCUGAUGAUGAAUCAAUGAAUAAUAAAUAUUCUGAGUCUAGUGAUACAGUAACUACACAUGAACUGAUUACACCGGAAAUUGCAAGAAUACGUACGCGUUGUGCCAACUAUAUUUGGAGAGAAUGGAGUCAUGAAAGACGCUGGGGUCCACGUGUUGGUGUAAUUUUAAUUUCAACUAUGGAAGAAGGUGCAGAAAAAAUUUUAGUUAUUUCACAUAUAAAUGAUAAACCAUUCAAACGUCUUAAUAUUGGAUUCCCUAAAGGAAAGCCUGAUUCAAAAGAAACUAUAAGAGAAGGAGGUUUUCGUGAAUUUGUAGAAGAAACUGGUAUGAACGAUCCAUACGAUAUUCUUAAAAUGGCUAUUCACAAUGGUGUAGUUAUUAAGAAAUAUCCACAUAUUGGUCCUAUACAACAACGUCGAAGUCGAACACAUCAUUAUGUUCUGGCUACAACAACUUCUCAAGAUAAAUCAUUUCGACCAAAUAAAAAAGAAGUUGAUAGUGUUGAAUGGCAUAGUAUUUAUACUCUUCCAUGUUGUGAUACUUGCAAAAAAAAUUGGUCGCAUACAUUACCUAAUGGUUCAAAAAUACCUGUCAAUUAUCAUAUGGUUACAUUAAGAGAUAUUAAUGGAACAAAUUCAGCUGUUCUAUUUGGUUCAAAAUGUCAAUAUUCUUUUGAUUUUCAACAAUCUACAUAUUUAUCAUUAAAUGAAAUUAUUUCAAAUUAUUAUAAUCAAUCAUAUGAACCAAAAACAUUAACAUGUUAUACUAAUUUAAAAUGUAAUCGUGGUUCAAAAUUAAUAUGUCUUGAUUGGAGUGAAAUAUGUGAUGGAAAAAUUGAUUGUGAUGAUGAGAUCGAUGAAAAAUAUUCUUGGCCACUUAUUAAUAAGGAGUGA